UUUAAAGGGAAAGCUCCCUGCUUUGUCUCGGCGGUGUGUUUCUCCAACAGAUAUCUGUCGACAUGUUAGCAGUUUUCGGCUCUUGUGCCUCUUAAAGGGACGGUGGAGAAGCACACGUGAAGUCAAGCAGAAGGAAGAAGGCUCUAACGUCGUGAAAACUGUCAUUAGACGGGUUUUAAACUACAUUGCAAUUGAGCUGGAGGACAAUGGCUAAGCCUGACGUGAAUGUAUUUUUAUUAGAUAUUGAAGGCACAACGACCCCGAUUUCCUUCGUGAAGGACAUUUUAUUUCCAUACGUGAAAGAUAAUGUUCAAGAUUACCUUAUCGCACAUUGGGAAGAAGACGAGUGCAAGCAAGACGUGUACUUACUGAAAAAGCAGGCAGAAGAAGAUUCUAGACAACAUCGUGCAGGACCAGUUCAUUGUCUGGAUGAGAGUGUGCACACCGAUGAGGAGAAAGCAAUCCAAGAAGUGGUGGACAAUGUUUUGUGGCAGAUGGCAGAGGAUAGAAAGACUACAGCUUUGAAACAGCUGCAGGGUCACAUGUGGAGAGCUGCAUAUGCUGCUGGAAAAAUCAAAGGCGAAGUGUAUGAAGAUGUAGCUCCUGCAAUCCAAACGUGGAGACAGUUGGGAAUGAAAGUGUAUAUAUACUCAUCAGGCAGUGUAGAGGCACAGAAACUUCUCUUUGCUAACUCAACUGAAGGCAAUCUUCUAGAUCUGUUUGAUGGCUAUUUUGACACCAACAUUGGCGCUAAAGUUGAAAGUAAGAGUUACAAGAGAAUUGCUGAAAGCAUUGGAUGUUUACCCAGCAACAUCUUGUUUUUGACAGAUUUAACACGAGAGGCAAGAGCUGCUGAAGAAGCAGGAGUAAAUGUUACUGUUGUGGUGCGGCCUGGAAACUCUGAGCUUACAGAAGAGGAGAAAUCUCAUUUUCAGUUGAUCACAUCCUUUAAUGAUUUACCACUGCCAAACUCUGCUUAAAAAAUCUUCUUGUGGAGGGAAAAAAAAAAUGAAAGGACUGCUGGUCUGCUUGGAGGAUAAGGAAGCGGGCUUUUUAAUAGCCAAACAUCAAGAUCAAAGCAGUUUGAUGAAAAAGCUGUUGGUGCUGCUUAAUUUUUUCAUAGUUUGAUAAAAUAUUAUUUAAGUUUUUAAUUUAUCAUCCUUAUUUCUCACAUGAAACAGCCUUAUAACAUAGUGAAAUGCACUUUUAGCCAAACACUUUUAUAUGUUUUUUUUUUUUAUUUCUACAUAAAUAUUUCUUAAUUGGCAUUGAGUAAAUUGCAUCUUGAAUUCUCAGAUUUAGUACCUGACCAAAAUAUAGAUAUUUUUCAUAUUAUUGUGAGUAUGUUGUGUAGAAUAUGUUGUUAAAACUGUAAAGGACUAUGCUAGUUUACAAAGACAUCAUAAAAAUGGUGCCAAAAACAGACAAUUCUAUCAAAAGUUGUGUCUAUUAUUAGUAAACUUACCUUUAUUGCACACACAAGAGAUGUAACAUAUAAAAGUAAAGCAAGACUUUGAAUUAGUCACAAAGCAGCCAACACUUACGUCAUGUUCAUUGUACAUUUGAGGACAACUAGAAGCUCUUGGUUCCUGUCUUAAUUAAGAUUAUAAAAGAGCAUGUUUAAUUGAAUUUGUUUACAUAAUUCUAAAACUUCAUGAUAAAGAUUGCCAGCAAAUGCAUGAAUUUAAGACAUUUUUCUGUACAUCAUCUCAUGGUUACAUUUCUUUGAAGAACUUCCCCACUUACCACAGUUUUCUGUAAUGACGUCCAGAUAUGAAAUGCUGGCAUCGUAUCUGAGGCCACUGCCUUUAAUAAAUUGUGAACAGGA